AUGCCUGGUGGUGUUUGGUCUGUCAGAGGCCAAGUGUGUUUUUGGAGCACUGAGUGUUUCGUGUCCAUAGUCCCAGUCAGUUAUGGGGACGUUGAAUUACCAGUGGUCUGAGAGCAUCAGCAUCCAGUUAUCUGACAAUGUUACAACAUCCCAGCGCCAUUUUGUUUUCACUGUGUGACCAUUGAUUUAGUUGUUGUUUUCCAGUCAUCCUCAGACCACUGGUAAUCUGAAGCUCUGUAAUAAUGACAAUGAUGUCCAACUGCAUGUCCUCAUGAUGGUCCCCUUCCUCUGUGUUGUUAUGUAUGGUGUAUGUAACCCCCCUACCCCCAAAAAGCAUGUGAGUCACUUGUUGUCUGUGUCAGGUUGUUUACGGAAUCUUACAUUUGUUGGGAAGCCAUUGUCAUUUCAUCAGGCAUUGCUUUGGAACUGCUGUUGGAAUGCCCCACCCUUGCUGUGGUUUGUUGUGGCCAUACCAGAGAACAACACAUCAUCUCUGUUCGCCUCACUAUCCUCUCAUCGAUGACAUAUACCUACCCACCAUAACACCCACCACACACACACUAACCCAGGGGAUCCAUGUACAGAAACCAGAGCCAACCAAUCUCAAUUACUAGCCUGCCCUUUUCCGGAGCUAAAACCGUAGAAUCCCUCUAAAAGUCCUUGAAUUCAAGCCUAUCGGAUCACUUGACUGUAGUCUAACCCUAACCACUUCAAACUGCCACAGCUGUGAUACCUCUCCUCGCCUAUGGUGGUUCUCAACACAGCAUGUAGGGAAAGACAGAGCACAUAAAGUAUUAGAGUACCCAGAACACCGUACACAGAGUAGUCUCCCCCGCACAUUACACACACAGACAUACAGACACAUAGUGAACAGAUAAGGAAGUGGAGGACUUCUGGCUGUCUUGUGGCCAUGGGUAGCCUCCCUCCAGCAGAAUGUGUCAGUCCAAGACAGUCAGCCAUGCCUUGGCCACACUAACAGGCUCUUCCCAUUCCCUUAGAGGAGACAGGAGGAGGAAUACUACACACGCCUGGAGGAAGGGCGGCGCCGGCAGCACGAGGAGGCCGAGCGCAAGCUGCUGACGCCUGACGAGCCUGGUCUGUACAGACCUCCCCUCCCCAGGGACUACCAGCCUCAGCCCCCCUCUCCCACUGCAUCCCCCGCAACCACCGCCACUAACACUCCUCCACCCCCGCCUCAGAGAAACACCUCCUACCUCAAAACCCAGGUCGUCUCCCCUGACACCUUGUACACUGCCAAGUUUGUCUCAUACAAUGACGAGGAGGAGGACGCUACAGGCCUAGCAGGUCAGGUUAAGCUCUCCGCCACCAGGAAGUCCUAUGGCGACCUCCCGCCCGCUCACAAGCCGCAGCCGCCUGCGCGCAAGCCCCGUCCUAUGUCUGAUGGGAUCUUUCUGUCCAGCUCAUUCCAGCCGCCGGCUGUCAAUGCCAACAGUACUGCAGGGCAGCCCCCUCCCCCUCCCAUCAAACCCAGCCUCAGCUUCAUCCCGACAGGCAACUCUAAAGGUAGACACGGAGAGGAGAGAGGACACGCCCUCCCAUAUGCCUCCCACUCCAGAUCUCUCAUUCAUUCAUUCGUUCAUGUUUUUUUGUGUUAUAUUUUUGUAUUCCUGUUUUUUCAGUAGAGGCUUCCUUUUUCCUUCUCUCUCUCUCUCUCUCGACAAUCCAGUAGAUCUGUAUUGUAGUUGCCAAUCAACCUGUAAUUAGUUUUUUCUCCCGCCAUCUCCCAUCAGUUUGUUAUUGUUUGUUGUCCUCUCUUUUUGGAAAUUCCACUCCUCCACUAGCAAAUCAGAUUCCGUUUGUUUGUCGAAAAUGUCCUCUGUCCUCACCCGUUCCUCUUCCUCCAAUCAUCCUUCUAGCAAGUAAAAGCAAUCGAUAAACCAACCCGUGAUUCGCUGUGAUCGCGCUCCAGAUAUCCAAUCAUAGUACUGUUGGUGUUGCCGCUCCUCGCCCGCCAGCCCGCCCAUGUGUUUGGUUUUGCUGUGAUGGUGGCCUGCCACCCGCCCGCCUGCCCAACCCCCCCGUGGGCCCCACGGCUGCUUGGUGGUGGGGUUGGCUUUAGGGAACUCUGAGACGCUGGCUUCUUAUCUAUCACACAGUCACUGUGGUGGGACCUAAGUGGAGCAGCUCUCCUCAGGCUCACUUGGCAAAGGGGAAAAGAUCUGUUGAGUGAGGCAUUGCCUUUGUCUGUGGCUGUUUAAAGCUCUGUCAGGGAUCCAAUCACUCAUUAGAUUACUGAGCGGUAGUACUACUUUACUAUAAUCUAGUUCUAUGGUCUAAAUCUGUGGCACAACGUAUUCUGUUUUAAAGCCUUUAGUGACCCCUACUGGCAAAAGUGUUAACUUUUAGUUAUUUUCAUCCACAGCUGGAACCUGUUUUAUUAGUAAUUAAAAUUAAUAUAAAGUUCUUUCAAGAUAAACUUUGCUUGACAUUUUAGGGAUAGUCUGUGCAUUUUUGGUCAACAAACCACAAUAAUUUAAGUGUCUUGGUGAGAAGGGCAUUCAAAAGUGUAAUAUCUCUAUUAGUAUUAUUUUACACUAAAUACAAUACAUUUUCAGUGUUUAAUUGUGAGCCAUAACAUAGUCUACUGUAGUUUAUAAGGAACUAAUAAGAUAUUUCUAAAUUAGAAAUGCUGUAAAUAACUGAAUGAUAUCCACCAUUGACAAGAAUCACAGGAUUGUGCCUUUCCAUCUUAGAGACCGAUAAGUCUAUGUUGGUAAAUGUUCUUAAAGAAAAUGUGAAUGCAAGCCCUCGCAUGUGAACCCUUUAAACAGCCAUGAACAAAAGAUGCCAGUAAUGCAAUACGGUCUGAGUCAAGAGGCUCAGUGAAUGUCACCCUGCAUGUAACACCUGCACACAGUACCAGUGCCCCUUCCCUACCCAGUAUGGAUGAUGAUGAUGAUGUGUGGUGGGCCUGUUGUUAAUGUGUUGCAUUCCUCACCCAAAUUGAGGGACCAAUCACUAACCAUGCUAUAAUCCCACAUCAACAAAAUCUGCAACCCGCCCCCCGCUGAAUCCAAGCUUCAUUCCAAUCGGCCUGAUGAUAUCCAUUGCUAUUUACUGCCUCUGCUGCUUUGCGCUUCUCCUUUCAGUGGUCAUGUGUUCUGUUCACUCCUCUUUUUGUUUGCUAUGACUGUUUCUGCCCUGUCUGUCUGCCAUGACUGUGCUUUGUCUGUGCCUUGUCUGUCUGUGGCUCUGGCUGUCCCGCAUGUGUGUCAGUGACAUUGUCUAAUGCUGCUGCUUCCCUCCUCCCUCUCAGAGGCCAUGCCGUGGUUCAGGUGACCAGUCUCCACUUGAACCACUGGCUCCCUCUGUUUACCACAAUCCACUGGCAGCAUCAAGGUGAAGGGCAACCCAGCUCUCUGAUAGAUAAAACGUCUAGAUGUCUAGAUUCCACCUCCUGCUCAACUUUAUCUUAAAAGAAUAUCAGCAAAAUCUAACUAAAGUGAAUUGUUGGAGCCAGGGGUAUUUGUGCUUGUCUUUUUGGAAUGAAAGGAACACAUCAUCCAUGGCUCUAAAAUAUAGAAAGACCUUUGGUUGACUUACAUUACAUCUGAAGCCAAAGUACUGUUCUGUAUAAGCUUACAUUUGGCUUACGAAAAGAAUGAAAUCAAACCAUCAGAGGCCCUUUCUGUAGUGCUUUGUUAUUGGAGGGUUCAGAAGGUGUUGUUUUAGCUCAGGGGACAGAUCUUGGAUAGCUACCAACUUAUCAACCAGUCUGUAGACUCUGAGAGCCGGUUCUGCACCAGAAGAACUUGACCCUGCCAGUGGAGUCCUGCCUCGGUUCACACAAGUCAAUGUGUUUGUCUGCCCUGUUAUCCCCAGUUUCAUUCCAUUUAAAACAAACUCAACAUGCAUUUGUAUUCUGGUUGUGCUUCCACACACACACAGCGUUUGUUGGAACACAACCAGUCAGAUUCUAUUGGUGGGAGUUCUGGGUUAGUGUGAGGGACGCCAGCCCGAGCCCUCCGCUGGCAUGGCCCUGACAGACACACAGACGUGAGCCUACUGAUUUAAUGCCUACUGUGGGUCAGAGGUAGAGGUCACCUGGGGGUCAGUGGUGUUCGGUUAGAAUGCCUGUUAGGACAUCAAAUCAGUCCUCAUUCAGGCCCCUGUGGCUUUGAUGAGCUCCUACCUAACAUCCAGCGGUUUUUAAAUAGUUUUGUCAUAACAGGCUUGAUGUUUACCUCGGGUGCUACAUGCCUUAAUGGUUGACCUCCACCUUUGAUCCCACACCCUUGUUUCACAGACGCUGCUGCUUCAGGCGUGCCUUGGUAUGCACUAACGCUAUUCAGUCAGCUAAUCUAGUCCCAGCGGCUUGUUUUGGUCUGUGGAAAAAGCGCAGUUUGUUGUAGAAUUUGAACGUGACUGAAAAGUUGCUGGGUACAGAUAACAAUCAGAUAUAGCCUGGACUGUGACUUGGCAACAAUUUACAGUUGACACAGUGUUACGUCACAAUAACUUUGCAUUGGCGUGCAGUACUGUUCGUGUACUGAAACAGGUAAUUGAAUCCCAGUGAAUAAAUUGUUAAUAUAAAGCUGUUUUUUUCUACCCAGCAUCUUUUUAAAACACGCUGUGGGUUUAAUCAGCCAACAUGGUACUAAAACUAAAUAGAUCAUUAACUAAUGUGCUCUAUUUCCCCAAUUAAUUAAUGAAUACAGGAUUUAAUUCGUACACUGGAAACACAACCGGGGUUGUAGGAUCAGGAGAAGUUUACAAGGACCUGCGAGAGAAGUGGACAAAAGGGUGAGGCCUGCCAUGCAUCUCUCCCAUUCAACUGGGUCUUGAAUGAAGGACCAUCAGAAACUGAGACGUUGUAAUGUAGGAAUUCUCCGAACUCACAACGUGGUAUAGUAUAUGUUUGUCAUAUUGUGGUUAUUUUUCUCAUUGCAGUGGUCAAGAACAGGAAAACACUUUAACUGGAGAAGCACCAGAGAGUAUGACCUUCAAGGAGCGCCAGCGGCUCUUUUCCCAAGGGAAGGAAGUGUCCAACAAAGUCAAGGCCUCGCGAAAACUCAUGGAGCUGGAAAGUGAACUCAAUACAAAGUAG